AACCAGUACAGUCGGCCCCCGGCCCACAUGCCGAGGAAGACGACUAGCAAUAAUACUAUAAUUAAGUGUUGGCAACACUAGCAAAUGUUAACUUCACUCCUGUAGAUUUACGUUUGAUUUAGAUUAUAAUUUAUUUGUCGGCAGUCAUGUCACAGGGGUCGUAUCUAAGUGCAGCGGUCGCUACAACAGGCGUCCUCGCUGGUGCAUACUGUGCGUAUCAUCUUUAUAAUGAAGCUCAGAAACGUAAGCUACCAACAACAUGGAAGGAAGUUGGCACUUUGAAGGAUAUUUAUAUAUAUCCUAUAAAAUCUUGCGGUCCGGUGCAAAAGGACAGAGCUGAAUGCACUUUACUCGGUCUAAAGGACGGUUGGUUACGAGACAGAACUUUGAUGGUAGUUGAUAAUAAUUACAACUUCGUCACUGCAAGGGCAUAUCCAGAAUUGCUAUUGGUCCGUCCAACAAUAAGAAAUUCUGUCUUAUCCUUACAACAUAAUGACAUGGAAAUACUUAACAUGGAUCUGUCAGAGAUAGUCUCUUUGCAAACCGCAAAAACUGCAACAGUGUGGGGUGUCCAAGUUCCUGUGUAUGAUUGCGGCUGGGAACCCAGCGAAUGGUUUUCCAGAUUGUUACACAAAUCUGCAGCCGACUUUAGAUUGGUGCUGUAUGCUUCGGAUAAAAGCCGCAACUUGAGAAGCACUACCAACAAAAUAUACAAAUUCACUAAGACGGAUACGGGAGCGCUUCCUGACGAGGUACCGUUUAAUUUGAUCAACGAGGCCUCUAUAGACGAUCUUAAUUCAAAAUUGCAAGGAAAAAAAGUUUGCUACAAAAACUUCAGACCGAACUUCUUAAUUACCGGCGCUAGGCCUUACGAAGAAGACGAUUGGAAAUAUGUUAAAAUCGGAGAAAACAUCUUCGAAGUGAUCAAGCCAUGCACGAGAUGUAUCAUGACGACCAUCGAUCCCGAAACAGGCGUUCGUGAUUCAAAUGCGGAACCUCUGGAAACGUUGAAGAAAUACCGUCAAUUAGAAAAUCCUGACGCUAGACGCUCGGCCGGGGAUUCCCCGCGUAUGGGACUGCAAAUGUCACUUCGCUCAGGCAACGACGGCAUCGUCUCGAUCGACGAUCGUGUCUAUGUAGCUUAAUGUCUAGUAUAAUCUUAUAUAACAGAAAAUAAAUUAAAGAAGAUGAUUUUAUUGUGUAUGAUCAAAUAAAUUUUGUUUUGUA